AUGAGAUUAAUGCUGCGAAAGGGCGUGUCAAGGAGAAUUAGAGUGAACGCGGCCCUCGAUCUCAUCUCCCGUGGCCACAUGGACACCCCAGCGCAAGCAAGCAGAGGCUCCAUGGCCUUGAUUAUGGCCAAGCUUUUCUUAAAUAUCGCAGUGACUUGGCUCAGAGACCGCCGCUCAUUGGUCGAGUUUCAUCAUCUGGAUUUAUUUUUUGUUCUAAAAACCCUGAGUAAUGGAGACGCGUACAGCCAGGUGGAGGGCCCCGGGGAGCGCGUGGUGGCUGCUGGCUCUGGUCUGCGGCUCGUCUGCGUCAUCAAGGGAGCCACGGAGCCGCCCGCCUAUAUCUUUUGGUUCCAGAACGAGAGGAUGGUCAACUUCGACGCCAACAGGGGAGUAAAUGUGACUUCCGAACGGGACCGCAGCGUCCUGACUGUUGGAGCUGCUACGGACGACCACGCGGGAAACUAUACUUGUCAGCCGUCGAAUGCCUGGCCAGCGUCCGUCCUCGUUCAUGUUGUCGUUGAGACAACGGAGUCCGGCGCCUCGAAGGGCCCGAAGGUCGGGGGCAAGACCCCAGUGCAGCUGGGAGUGAAGAGCGCCUCCUCGGACGGCCCUCGGAUUCUACCUCAGACGCUGGCGCUGUUCUUGCUCGGCCUGCUCCUCGACGCCCUCACGUUCCCAAGGGUCUUCCACACUAGGUUGUAAGGCGCCGCCUGAGCUCGCCAGGUGUUGUCUACAGCCAUAUGCCUCGCCUGCGUCGGGGGGAACGGCUGCCGCUUCUGGGCGCGACCGAGGGCUGUGUCCUCCGUCAGUCGUGCCCGUCUCCUCCGCCGCGAGGGCAGUGUAACAGCGUAGUGUCCGUGGUCCGCGUCGCCCAACCACCGUAGGACGGCAGUCUCUUCGUCAGCAGGUGCUGUGACAGGCAGUCAUUCUCCACUGCCAAGGUGCUGCAGAGUGCGUCGCCAGGAACUGCAAUACGUCAGCAUUCCUCGCCAGGAGCGUGCUGCUGUGUGCCUGCAUUCUCGCCAGAGGGAUCUCGAGAGAGGCGGCUUCCCGCACCGCCAGUGUUGCAAGCGCCGCCUCCACCGGGGCGCCGCAUCCGUUGGCAGCUCCUUCGACGAAGACGAACUACCGACGAGACUGCCGGAGUGAUAUCUCGGACAUGAAACCGCAUAUUCAGAUGAUCCGCAUAAUUUCGCAUGUUCAUCAUGGACAUACGAUAUCAGACUGAAUAUCAAAUGGAUGUAUCACUGGGAUGGAUUUGUUCUGUCUUAUAAUAUCAUUAUAAAUACAAUAUGUGUGGAUAUGUUUUAUUGUAUGUUUCAGCGUGAAAGCGUUCAGCGUCGUUGGAAUUUCCCCACACAACAAGAGCUCACGAGAAGGUGACAUCCUUCACACAAACUUGGUUACGAUUUCGGUGUUUCUCAAAUGAUUUUAUUGACGGAUCGAAUACGUAGUUCUCCUCCAAACCGUAACUUUGAAGGCUCACAUAACUUUCCACACUAGUCGCAGCGUUGGCGAUAUAACCAGGUGGCCAUGGAAAGACGACUGAAUCUUUAAAACCCAUGAACAACACGAAGACAUUGGGACUUGCGUACGAUUAUUAUUCACUGUGGGAGUGUGACUGAUGGACUUAUCGUGGCAGGAUAUCUGUGGAUUCUCAAUGUAGAUUUGACACUGUGUGUAAAUGUGGGUUAUGAAAUUGAUGUUUUCUUGUGUUGUUCGUCAUGUAAUUAAGAUAUCGAUGUGGGCAACAAAUUGGAAAAAACAGUCGCUUUUCUGCAAUAUUGUUUCCAACUUACGAAAUCUGUCAUACAUUUUAACACGAAAGAGUUCCUAAUACCCUAGAAAAGAGUGCAAUCGAUAGGAAAUGGUUAGUACGUGUUAUACAUGUUUAACUUAUCAUUAUAAUGUUAUAUAUCUAAAUCAGUAUGAAAUUAUUAAAGAUAUGAUAACAGUAUACCUACUUGUUGAUGUUUUUUCUGCUGCCAAGCAAAUUGAAUUCGAAAUUUUAUAUAUGAUAUAUUAUAUUAUUGUCAUUAUUAUAUUCGAUAGACAAAUUAUCCAUAGUGUCUAAGGAAAACAUUGUUCAUUUACGUUGACAACAAUCACUAGUUCUAUGAAUUGUCAUAAAUACACAUUCACAUAGACAUGCAUACAUACUACCUACAUACACACUUGUACAAACAUACAUAU